CUCGAUAUUGCACCUUGCCCGUGGCACGACCAUGGCGCUGCCGACGGAGCUCCAGAACCUUGUCGUGCUCCUCUUCACGUGCGGGCUCGGGCUCUGGGCAGCGCGGCUCGCGUUGCUGCUCGUCGACCUUGCAGCCAUGCGCCGGUCUGUCCAGAAGCGCAACGUCAUUUACCUGCCCGAGCUCGGCCCGAGCUUGUCAAUUCUCGAGCAAAUGACGACGCAGCGGCUCCAGCAGUAUCUGCGCACGCAAGACCAAGUGAAUAGCUUCCACAUGACCAAGGUCGACGCGCCCUUUGACGUCGUGUCCAACAGCCUCCGCGUCACGCACGAGGACGGGCGUAUCGGUCUCUCGUUCGACUUUCAGGCGUCGCGCGCCGGCUGCUCGAUCGAGACGUACUGGGGCGUUGACGCCACCGACUUUAACGAGACGACGCCUGCGACGGCAUCCAAGCGGCCUACUCUCGCGCGCCACGUGCAGCAAGCGUGGUCGUCGUUCACGCGGCGGCGGCAAAACAGUGAUGACAAGGCCGAGCGACGGGCGCUCAACUCGAUGCCGUCGUCGUCGUCGCCGACCGUACCGCCGGCGCCAAGCUCGCCACCUCCGGACGAUGCCAUCGACUUGACGCCCAUACCAGAUGCGACCACUGCGACAGCACCAACGUCGGUCGCGACCACGUGGAUGGACGAUACGCCGGCGUCGUACCAAAUGAAGUCGUCGUCGCUGCAGUUCCCGCCCGAGAACACGGGCGCGUACCGCCUCAAGACGUACACGCUGCCGCCCGUGUUCCCAUUACCGGCCGAUGCGUCGGUUCUCGUUGUCGCGAUUGUGUUUAAAGUGUCGGCGCCAGAGCACGUCGUCGUCGUCAGCGACGGGCGCACCGACCCGAUCGUCUCGGAAACCAUCUUUGUCGAUGUCGCGUUGCACAAGUCCCCGAGCAUUACCAAGCGCAUCUAUUAUACACAAAGCGGUCGUGUCCAUCUCGCCCACGAGCUCUACGGUCUCAACGACUUUGUCGAGUGCUCGAUUUGCCUCGAAGACCCGACGCGCGUCAUCAUUUUGCCGUGCCGCCACUGCUGCGUCUGUCCGACGUGCCUCAACGAGAUCGAAACGUGUCCGAUCUGCCGCACCAAGUUCAACGCGUACAUCACGAUGGACCCGGACACGUCGACGGCCCUUGCGGCCAUCCUCCCGACCAGCUCGGCGAUUGUCUAAGCUAAGAGCAAAAGAAUAUCCUGG